UUCAAAAAAUUUUUUUUAAAUAUAUAAAUAUGUUUUUCAUUAAAGUUAUUCUGGUCUGCAGGUUAAUUAGAGACUUAAAUUCAAGUAAUUGGUUUUCACUGUGGAUUCAGGCAAAUCCUUCCAUGCUCUGACAGCACCAAAUAUAGUCACUGUCCAUAUAGCUACAUUUCCUAUUACUGGUACUAUUUGUCUUAGCAUAUUAUAUAUUUGUCAUGUGGUUUGGAGUAAGAAAUGUGCCUCUAAUGUAUUUUUACUAGUUAAAAGAAGUGUUAACUUAAUUCCUAAUUCUAGAACUUCAAAGGAAAAAAAAAGAUCUAGCUUAAAUCUAGAUUCAAGAUGUUGAUCCAGAUCCAGGGACACCUUUUUGGAAUGGUUCAAAAGUGGCAACUACUUGUCACUGUAGAUUACUGAGUCAUAAAUCUAUUAUACUAUUGACUGGUAGUGCUCAAAGUACAGAACACAAACAUAUGGAAGCACCCUUGACGAACUCACUGGCAGCUAAUCUAAUAAUCAAUAUAAAUAUAGUCGCAUAGGAUUUAGACAUUAAUUAUUAUUCUAGUCUAGAACAGUGCAUACCUUCUGUACAAAUGAGAUGUCAGUGUGCAGUUACAACAAUACAUAUGUUGCUUCAAAAAGGAAAAUAAUUACGUCCUACGCGAAUCCAUGUGUUCAGAUAGUCUUGCAUUUGUUAAUUGUAGACUAAAACUCGCUUAGUAUUGGUUUUCAUGGCUGAUUUAGGCAACUUGUUCCAUGCAGGAAUCAAAAUAAAAAACAGGAAUGACUUGCUUUAUCAAACAUUGGACAAAGGAGUGCAAUUUUAAGUGGAUAUAUAAUAAUACUUUUCAAUUAUCAAUUACCAGUAAAAAAAAUAAUGGUUUCAGAAAAUGUUGAACAAAACUUUUUCAGUUGUGUCUGUUCUUCUUAAUUACAACACUUAAUUCUAUUUGAUCAGCAAAUGAAACUUAAUUCUAUUUGAUCUGCAAAUGAAGGAUAAAUCUGGCCCAGCAAUAAUUUGCUUUAUUGUUUUAAUGAUAAGUUAUUUAUAUUUAAAGACAUUUGAAAAACAGAACUUAGAUCUGGCUGUUUGUAUUCUGUCCAGCAGACAAAAUUUUGAGUUACGAAAUGCUAUAAGGAAUUCAUGGUUUAAUGAUAUUGUUUCAAUAGAGCUUGGACAUACUAAAACAGUUCAAGCUAAAUUUGUUAUUGGACAGGAUGCUUGUCUUAUUCAUCCAGAAAAUAGAAUUGACAGCUUUGGGUGUGAACCGUGGAACGUAUCAUUGCCAAAAUCUUCAGAACUUACAACUUUCUUCAUGAAACCAGACAAUUGUAAUCAACAUUUUAAUUUUGUGCUAAACUUUUAUGUUAAAGUGAUGCAUGGCAUUGUUUUGAAAAGGAUAGGAAUUGCUGAUAUAUUUUCUCAGCUCGUGUUGAAAGAACAUGAAAAAGCAUCAAUGAAUGUGUAUUUCUAUGAUGCUAGAACAGAUGAAGAAAUCAGUAUCACUCAUUUUGAUGGAAAUAAUAAAGGCCAAGAAAGAAAUGGAUACUCAUACAGACCAGUGCAGGAAAUUUUGUUGCCUAAAGGUUAUGAGUUUAUUAUUCAACUUAAAUUGGAUUUGAAAUUGAGUUAUCUCGAAAAAUUAAAAACUGGGAUCAAUAGUGUGUCGGAAGAGAGUCACCAUGGGAUGAUUGUGAUAAGAGCUACAGAUCAAUAUGGUCAUUUGUUAAAUGAAAGAACACAUGUUAAUUAUAUUCCAGCUGUUUCAUUCAUGUUUACUGUUCACAGUGUUGAGUCUCUAAAAAAUCAUUUAGAGUUAGUUUUGGAUAGAGACAAAGAGUGGCUUCAGAAAGUAGACUUGGAGUCACAACAAUUGAAAGAAGAACAAAAACUCUAUCAAGACAUCAUCCUUGUAGAUGUCUUGGAUGUGUACAGAAAUUUACCACAGAAAGUCUUAGCAGGUCAUUUAUGGUUAGAGGAUAAUUAUGUUGUCAAAUAUGUAAUGAAAACAGAUGAUGAUUGUUAUGUUAACAUCGACACUGUUCUUAAAUCACUUCCAAACUGUAGUGGGACUAACAUGAUCUGGUGGGGAAACUUUAGGACUAACUGGGCAGUUGAGCAACAUGGAAAAUGGGUUGAGCUCGAGUAUGGCGCUAUGGUUUAUCCCAGAUUUGCCUGUGGUUCAGGAAACAUUGUCUCGUCUGAAGUGCAUUCUUGGCUUGUGCUAAAUAGACAGAAACUCAAGCACUUUCAAGGGGAGGAUGUUUCCAUGGGCAUUUGGCUCUCUGGGCUCAAUGUCCAACAUAUUCAGGAUGACAGAUGGCAGUGCAAGAUGUCUUGUGAUAAUGACCUGCUAUCUCUACCAGAGUUGUCUCCUGAAGAAAUACACUGGCAUUGGAACAACAGCAAGCACUGUGCUACUCCUUGUUUGCCAUGCUAAAUGCUCAGUGCUUUCAAUACAUAACUGAAUAAACUUAAAGGAAACUUUCAAUAUACUUAUAUAUUAAACUUAUUAUUACCAUGUGUCUUUCAAUUUUGUUCAAUUAAACAAUUUCGUGUGCUGUAGAGUGAACCAAUGCUGUGAAUUUUACUGUGCAAAUGAACUACCUACUUUGUUGUAUAUGUUGAUGUGUACUAAAUUAAUAAAAAUUUAAAAAAUA